GAACUUGAGAAGAUCAAAUUUUUCUGAAUUCUAAUUUUAAUAAGUUUUGUUAUUAAAUUGAUAUCGUUUGUAGAAUUCAAUUAAUAUUUUGCAUUAUUUUUUGUAUAUUAUGUAGUGUUUAGCAUUGAACUCAAGAAAGCCAUUAAAACUAGUAAAAAAAAACAUUGGUUGAGGUUUAUUGAAAUGUUGGAAGACGAGAUAAAUAUUCUCAUAGCAAAUAUAUAUUCGUUCCUGCUUACAGACAAAAAAAUUCCUAAGCAUGGGAAUCUGAUAAAGAAACAUUCUAUCAAUUUAUUCGAGCAGGGUGAAUUGAGCUUCCCAAAUGAUAUCAAAUGUUGGAUACAAUAUUUAGAUCAGAAAUUACUGCCAAAUGAAGCCAACUUAAUGAAAUACAUUGGAAAAGGUGCAGAAAUUUUAAUCAAAGAGUCUAAAAAAUGGAACUUAUCAAUAGAAAAGGUUAUUGAACUUAAAGGAAGACUAUUUAUACAUGUGGAUCGUCCAAAAGCAAUGUCUCUUUGUUUUUUUAAUAGCCAUAGAAAUAACCAAAUACUGCUAAGUGAAUUAAUUAAAGAAAAUUCAUCAAUCUGUGCUGAUCCUCUUGAUCAUGAAUCUACAUGUAUUACUUCAUUGAGAGUGUGCUGUUUGACUCGAGUAAUUCAACAUUUAUAUGGAAUUCAUAAAUGUAAGGAUAAUGUUAGUGAAAGAAUAUUUGUAACAUCCAGAUCAUCCAGUAAAUUUGGUGAAAAUAAAGUGAUAUUAUGUGGAACAGUCUUAAACUCAGAUACUGGAAUGAAAGAGACGGCAAGUAAUGCUGAUGAUUUUAUAAGGUUGAGGCAAGAUGAGUUGACAUUAAUUGCGCAACACAAAUAUGGUGUCAGAGUAUCAACAGAAUCAAAAUGGAAGGAGUUUAUUUCAAAACUUGGAAAGUCAGCUGUGAACUUUGAGCUGCUGCAGACAAAACCAUCUAGCGCCGUUAAAAUUAAAUUUGAUAGUUCAAGUGGAUCAAGUAAAAGAGCCGCAUUUAUUUUGUACAACUGUGCCAGGUUGGAGACAAUCAUAAGAACAUAUAAUGAGAGAGUGGAAGCUGGAAGGUAUCCUCAAUUACCUAAGAUUGAUGAUGCUGAUUUCUCCCUGCUGAACCAGGAUGACGAAUGGAGUAUCAUCUUCAAUUAUAUCUUGGGAUUCCCAUCGUUUCUGAAGUCUACAGUUGAUCUGGAGCAAGGGCGCUGUGAAUUCAGACCACAUUUGAUAUGCAGCUUCCUCAGCUCUAUGGUCGGGGAAUUUAGCCAGUACUAUAGGAGAGUGAGGAUCUUAACGGAACCGAGGAAGCAUCUACUGCCAGUCUUGUUUGCGAGAAUUUAUAUGUUAAAAUCUUUGAAUGAUACAUUAAAAAUAUGUUUAAAAAUAUUAAAUAUUGACAGUGUUACACAAAUGUAUUCCAGCGUUUUAUUUUACACCUAUUCCGAUAAAAUGAAUGUAAUUGUUUUUAUUUUUAUUGUUAAAAACAUUAGAUAA